CAGUGACGUCACACCAUGGCGUCCGCCGAGCCCGAGCGCAAGCGAAAGCCGCCGGAGAUGGAGGCGGGCGGCGAGGAUACGGCGGCAGCGGACGAGGAGGAUGAGCGCUGGGUCGGGCCGCUCCCGGGGGAAGCCGCGCAGGCGAAAAAAAGGAGAGUUCUUGAAUUCGAACACGUUUAUCUUGAAAAUCUACCAUCAGCUUCAAUGUAUGAACGCAGUUACAUGCACAGAGAUGUUAUUACACACGUAGCAUGUACAAAGACAGAUUUUAUCAUAACAGCCAGUCAUGAUGGACAUGUAAAAUUCUGGAAGAAAAUAGAAGAAGGGAUUGAGUUUGUUAAACACUUCCGAAGUCACUUGGGUGUUAUUGAGAGUAUUGCUGUUAGUUCAGAGGGGGCAUUAUUCUGUUCUGUUGGAGAUGACAAAGCGAUGAAGGUGUUUGAUGUAGUUAACUUUGACAUGAUCAACAUGCUGAAACUUGGCUACCACCCUGGCCAGUGUGAAUGGGUAUAUUGUCCUGGAGAUGCUAUAUCUUCUGUUGCAACAUCUGAGAAAAGCACGGGAAAAAUAUUCAUAUAUGAUGGACGAGGAAAUAACCAGCCACUUCAUGUUUUUGAUAAACUCCAUAUGUCCCCGCUUACUCAGAUACGCCUGAACCCUGUCUACAAAGUAGUUGUGUCUUCUGACAAGUCUGGAAUGAUCGAGUACUGGACUGGUACUCCUCAUGAAUAUAAAUUUCCCAAGAAUGUGAACUGGGAGUAUAAAACAGAUACCGAUCUAUAUGAAUUUGCUAAAUGCAAGGCUUACCCAUCCAGUAUAAGUUUUUCACCUGAUGGCAAGAAAAUGGCCACUCUUGGGUCUGACAGAAAAGUUAGAAUUUUUCGUUUUCUGACGGGAAAGCUCAUGAGAGUCUUUGAUGAAUCUCUGAGUAUGUUUACUGAACUUCAGCAGAUGAGACAACAACUGCCUGACAUGGAGUUUGGCCGGCGUAUGGCAGUUGAGCGUGAGCUGGAGAAAGUGGAUGCAGUAAGAUUAAUUAAUAUAAUUUUUGAUGAAACUGGACACUUUGUUCUCUAUGGAACUAUGUUGGGCAUUAAGGUCAUAAAUGUAGAGACUAACAGGUGUAUUCGUAUCUUGGGAAAACAAGAGAACAUCAGAAUGAUGCAACUGGCUUUGUUCCAAGGAGUAGCAAAGAAACAUCGUGCGGCAAUCACUAUAGAGAUGAAGGCAUCUGAAAAUCCUGUUCUCCAGAAUAUUCAGGCAGAUCCAACAGUAAUCUGCACAGCUUUUAAAAAGAACAGGUUUUACAUGUUUACUAAACGUGAACCAGAAGACACAAAGAGUGCAGAUUCUGACAGAGAUGUAUUUAACGAGAAACCUUCUAAAGAAGAGGUCAUGGCAGCCACUCAGGCAGAAGGUCCCAAAAGAGUGUCAGACAGUGCCAUCAUCCACACAAGCAUGGGAGAUAUUCAUAUCAAGCUUUUUCCUGUUGAGUGCCCCAAAACAGUGGAAAACUUCUGUGUGCACAGCAGGAAUGGUUACUACAAUGGACACAUAAUUCACCGUAUCAUCAAGGGUUUCAUGAUUCAGACUGGUGACCCAACUGGUACAGGAAUGGGGGGUGAAAGUAUUUGGGGAGGAGAAUUUGAAGACGAGUUUCAUUCAACUUUACGACAUGACAGACCAUACACACUCAGCAUGGCUAAUGCAGGACCAAAUACCAAUGGAUCCCAGUUUUUUAUAACAGUAGUGCCAACUCCAUGGCUCGACAACAAGCACAGUGUGUUUGGACGAGUGACUAAAGGAAUGGAAGUUGUUCAGAGAAUCUCAAAUGUCAAAGUCAAUCCCAAAACUGACAAACCCUAUGAGGAUAUUAGCAUCAUUAAUAUAACAGUGAAGUAAGGCAGGCAUUGAAGGUUCCAGCUUAAGCAGAAAAAAACUGACCAUGUAGGAUCUAGAAAGGGACCUAGGAAGAACAAACAUUUUUGAUAGUUCCUAGAUAUAGCAAAUACCAGGACAGAGCAAUCACCAGUUCUACUAUUUUUAAUGUACCUAAAGUGCCCUAAUUCUGCGUUUCUGGUAACUUGAUAUUUUAAAGUAAAAACAUGCACAUGUUUCUUAAAAAGUCUACUGUCUUUCUUGCAUCUCUUCUAUACAAAAUUAAAGAUUAAAAACCCCUCCCACAUCCCAUGAUAGUGUUUGUAACAUUUUCACGUUUAUUUAAUUAAUGUGUUUCACGGUACUGAAAUCUUUGACAAAGGAAAAGGCCAGAAAUACUGAGUUGAGUGUACUUCUCAAUCCUUUGUACAUUAAUCCUUUGUACAAAAUUAGAUUAAGUUAUGGUACUGUUGGCUAUGAAAAGCAAACAAUGUAACCUACCUCUAUUCUUUAAAAAUAAUUAUGUACACAUCUCUGUCCAAGAGCAAUGAUCAACUCUUAAAAUGCCAGUGUAUAAAUUCCUUUGCAAUUUGUUUGGUUUUUCCAGUGAUUCUUUUCUUUCAUGUUUGCUUUCUCUUUAUUUUAGCCUAGUGAGUCUUUUUUUCUGACUUGAUUUUUAGCCAACAUCCUACAAAUAUUAGUGCUUCCACUGAGAUACUUAAUUUAUUUUAAACUAUGAUCAUCAUCUGAACUAAGUUUUGCAUCAGCUGCUUCUGAUAGAGUUAUAGAACAAAAUCAAAACAUCAUUAAGGCUAAAAAAACCUGGUAAGGUCAGUAAGUCAAACAUUAACCCAGCAACACCACCAUCUUUACCAUUAAACUAUGUCCCCAGGUAUGACAUCCAUAUGUUUUUUGAACACUUCCAGGGAUGGUGACUCCACCACUUCAGUGGGUGCUCUAUUCCAAUACCCAAUCCCAUUUCAGUAAUGAAAUUUUUCCUGAUGUCCAAUGGUAAUCUGAGGCCAUUUCCUCUUGUGCUGUCAUUAGUUAGCUGGGAGAAGAGGCCAACACCCACCUGGCUACAUCUUCCUUUUAGGAAGUUUUAGAGAUUGAUAAGAUCUCACCUGAGCCUCCUUUUCUUCUCUGCUGCUUCUCACAGGACUUGUGCUCCAGACCCUUCGCCAGCACCUCAAUGUCCGUUCUGAAUUGAGAGGCCCAGAACUUGGCACAGGAUUUGAGGUGUGGCCUCACCAGUGCCCAGUACAGGGGACAAUCCCUGCCCUGCUCCUGCUGGCCACACCAUUGCUGAUCCAGGCCAGGAUGCCAUUGGCCUUCUUGGCCACCUGGGCACACCCUGGCUCACGUUCAGCUGCUGUCACCAGCACCCCCAGGUCCUUUGCAGCCACCCUGCCCCAGCCUGUGGAGCUGCCUGGGGUUGUUGUGACCCAAGGGCAGCACCCAGCACUGGGCCUUGUUGAACCUCACACCGUUGGCCUCAGCCCAUGAUCCAGCCUGCCCAGAUCCCUCUGCAGAGCCUUCCUGCCCUCCAGCAGAUCAGCACUCCCACCCAGCUUGGUGUCAUGCAUGAACUUAACUGAAGGUGGACCUGAUCAGCAAUUACCCAGUGGUAUUACACAGUGCUGGUUCCAGUACUGAGCUCCAGGUACCACUACCUGUGAGCGGCCACCAGCUGGAGGUAACUCCGUACACCACCACUCAGGGCCCAGCCAUCCAGACAAUUUUUAACCCAGCAACUGUGCACCUGUCCGAGCCACGAGCAGCCAGUAUCUCCAGGGGAAUGCAGUGCGUGACAGUGUCAAAGGCUUUAGUAAAGUCCAAGCAGACAACAUCCACAGGCUUUUUUCAUCCACUGUGUGUCACACUGCCAUAGAAAGGGAUCAGGUUUGUCAAGCAAGAUCUGCAUUUAGCAAAACCAUGCUGGCUGGGUCCCAAAACCCUGCCUGUUUUACACACAAUGGCACUCAGGAUGAGCUGCUCCAUGAUCUUUGGCAUCAAGGUUAGGCUGACCUAUAGUUCCCUAGAUUCAUCUUCUGACCUUUCUUGUAGAUAGGUGUUAGAAUUGCCAAUUUGUAGUCACCUCCCCCAUCAGCCAGGACUGUUGGUAAAUGAAGUGUCUUCUUGGUGCCUUAAAAUGAUUUAAAGCUCUUCCAAUCAGUUUCAUCAGUAACCUUGGUGGAUCCCAUCUGGUCCCACAGACUUGCAGCUGAGUGGUCUAGCAAGUACUAGCCCUUUCUUCCUGAAUUAUGACCGCUUCAUUUUGCUCCUCAUCCCUGGCUUGCACUUCAGGGGACUUGAUACUCUUAGGAUAACUGGUCUUACUGUUAAAAACUGAGACAAAGAAAGCAUGAAGUACUUCAGCUUUUACUUUUUCCUUUGUCACUGUUCCCCUCUGCAUGCAAUAAAGGAUGGAAAUUCUCACUGGCCAUUUUGUUGCUGAUGUAUUUGCAGAAACAUUUUUUGUUGUCUUUUUCACCAGUAUACAGAGCAAGUUCUAGCUGGGCUUUGGCCCUUCUGAUUUUCUCCCUGCAUAACCUCAUAGCAUCCUUGUAGUCCUGCUGAGUGGCUGUCCUAGAUUGCAAGGCAAGAUGUAUUCUAUCUGCCAUCUGUUAGAGGUGUGGCACUUAUCUUCUGUUAAUUGGGCAGUUUUCUUUCUCUCUUCCACAAACCAAUCCUCCCCUCCCCAGGAUUGCUGUUAAUGGCCUAUUGAAUGUUACUGCAUGACUGAUAAAAGUUACAGCAUCCCACUGUAAAAUGCACCACCCAGAGGCAGGAGACAAGCAUUCCUAAUUGGAUAUAAUCUGAGUUUUUGUAAUACUAGACUCAGCCUUUCCACUAGAUUCCCAGAGGAACAGCUGGGUCUUUCGACUGAACCUUCAGAAGAAGACUACACCCUUCUACAGGAUCACUGCUCCAACAGAACCACAUCUGCCACUCCAGGAGUACUGCAGCCAUUCCAAUUUAGACUGCUACCAACACCGUGACCAAAAGGGUGUCAGGUUGAAUUCCGACUCUGUCAGUGGUUUUUCUUUUUGAAUUAUUGACUGUAUUUUGUUUUUUUUCUUUUUCUCUUUUCCUAAUAAAUUGUAUUUCUGACUUAA